AUGCAACCGCAAGCCAACCGUGUUCAAAUUCCAACUCUGGCAAAAACAUCUCUACACAGCAAGAAGGCGCUGACUGUCCUUCAGGUGCAGAACGAGUGGAGGAACAUUCACGCCCCCGAUUUAGCGGAUGGAUAUGUUAUUCUUGUGGAGGAAGCCUUAAAAUGGGGUGGAAAGGCAGAUUGGAACGGCGAUGGUUACUACUUCGUUGAAAACGGGCAGCAUAUUUGGAAAGAUGUGGCGAAGGCCGUUACCACGGACAAGUUCAAGAACGGUUAUCUGAAAACCCCCGAUGUUCAGCCGUUUUCCGUAGAGGAGUGUCCUAAUAUUGAUGGGGACCUUGUUCAGGGCCUGCGAUCUGGGGAGUGA